CAAUGUUGAUAUCUGAAGUGACUAUGUUUACGUAUGUUAUGAGUCUGACACGUGUGUUGUGUUGUUAAAGUGUGUAGCGAAAUAUAGCUGCCAAAGUAUUUUAAUGAACAGCGUCAAAGUUAUAAAUAUGCUGAUUUGUAGAAGACCGUAUUCUGACACUUUAUAGCCUGUGUCGGCUGUGAGUGAUUGGAAAACUAACAGCAAACGCAUGCAUUAUUGCUUAAUUUGCAAAAUUUAUCUCGUUUUCAUAGUAAAAUCAGAGAGAUGUUAGUAUUCUAUUUACGAACUACGUGGCCAGAGAGCAGGGCGCACCUUCAGGAGUGACGUUAUUUUUCCAUGUGUACGACAAACAGGCACAAACUCUUCUCAGGAAAGAAUUCCAUCACAUAUUAAUUGCAGUACAGACUAUGGCACGACAACGUAAACCUUUAUCAGUAGAAAGUACACACCAGAAGCCUGGCAAAAAGAAAGCAGCGGAAGACAACUCCAAGAAGUCUAGGGGCAUGCCAUUUGUUUGGAAAGCUGUUACAGUUGUUUGUUUAGCAGUUGCUGGUUGUAUUGGUUACAUGGGCUAUCUUGAGACUCGUGUAAAUACUCCAUAUGAUGACACGAAAAUUGUUGCCAAGUCUGGUCUUGAGGUUCCAGAUAGAUAUUGGGGUUCAUACCGCCCAGGAGUUUAUUUUGGGAUGAAGACAAGAGAUCCACAUUCUUUAGUUACAGGUCUGAUGUGGUACCUUCCACACAUGUUAAGGCCAGAUGGCAGUGGUAUAAGGCAUUGGUGUGAGCAAAGUGACAAUCUGGAUCGUUACACAUGGACUGCACAUGAUGGAAGAAAUUUUGGAAUCCAGGAAAUUGAUGAUGGUCCAUUCAGGAUAACAACAUCUUUUGUUAAGAGGCUUGGUGGCAGCCAUGGUGGUGAGUGGACUGCAAGGAUCAGUGUUACCACACAGGACGUGACUAUGAAGCAACAGUAUAUUUCUCUUCUUUUGUAUACUGCAACGGAGGAAAAGACUAAGGGUUUCAUCAAACCCAAAAAGUUUUCGGAUAGUCAAAUAACAGGUGUAACAGGAAAGACAGAUGGGUUAGGUAGUUUCUCCUUGAAGAUUGUUAAUAAUUCAGGAAUAAUAGAAAAUGAAUCAUUCUUGAGUACAACAGCUCCUGGCCUGCAUCUGCUAAAAGAAACUUUGCUAAGCAAUUUUCGUGUUGUUAGUGAAAAAUAUAAAAAUAAAAAGUGGAUAGUUCUUCCAGGUGAACACAGACUUAAUGGACCUGAUGGGAAUGAGCUACCAACAAAUUUUAUUGUGACACAAAUUACUGGAAAAGCUCCUUUUGAAAUAGAUAUUAUAUUUGAGUCAAAUAGUGCCUUCGAAAGAACAGAAUCACUGAAAGGAGCAGUUUAUACUAAGGAAUUACAAAUAUGGAGGGAUGCCUUCAGUCACAGAUUUGAAAACACAUUCCACCUGGAGGAAAAAGGAUUUGGUACAGAUGAACAAGAAUUUGCAAAGGCAGCUUUUAGUAAUAUGGUUGGUGGAAUUGGAUACUUUUAUGGUGCAUCCCGCGUAGAGUCACCUUACACAAGAGGACCUGUUCCAUACUGGAAAGCUCCUUUGUACACUGCAGUACCGUCUAGAAGCUUUUUCCCAAGAGGAUUUUUAUGGGAUGAAGGUUUUCAUGGUUUGCUCAUUGCAUCGUGGGAUCUAGAUAUUGAGUUGGAUAUUAUAUGUCACUGGUUUGAUUUAAUGAAUGUUGAAGGCUGGAUACCCCGGGAGCAAAUAUUAGGCCAAGAGGCUCUGAGCAAAGUACCUGAGGAAUUUGUUAUCCAGAGAAAUUCUAAUGCCAACCCACCUACAUUUUUUAUUACUUUACAGUUUAUACUACAAAAUUUUGCAUACCAGCUUACUGAGGAAGAUGGGCGACUGGAAGCACUGGAACGUCUUUAUCCACGACUGCAAGUGUGGUUUGAAUGGUUUAAUACUACACAAGUAGGUGAUAUGCCUGGCUCGUACCGGUGGAGAGGUAGAGAUUCAACUACAAACAGAGAAAUAAAUCCCAAAACACUGACAUCUGGCUUGGAUGAUUAUCCAAGGGCAUCACAUCCCAAUGUAGAUGAACGUCAUAUAGACUUGCGGUGCUGGAUUGCUGCUGCAUCCUCUACUCUAGCUGAAAUAGCAAAAUUGUUGAAUGUGAACAAUGCAAAGUACAUGAAUACAGUUUCAUAUUUAUCUGAAGAGACUCUUCUAGAUGAACUACAUUGGUCAAAACACUCAUCUUCAUUUGCAGAUUUUGGGUUGCACACUGACAAGGUAGUUCUGAAGCGACCACCUCCUCAACCAGGAAGGCAACCAGGACAGCCUUAUCAGUCACAACAAGAACGAGAGAAAAUUCGUGUUGUUCUGAAAGAUCCAGAACUGCAAUUUGUUGAUUCACAUUUUGGUUAUGUUAGCUUAUUUCCCUUCUUACUACAAUUAAUGAAACCAGAUUCUCCAAAACUUGGUAAGGUAUUAGAUGAUAUAAAACGUCCAGAGCUGCUUUGGACUAAAUAUGGGUUAAGAUCAUUAGCUAAAACUUCUCCUUUAUACAUGAAAUACAAUACAGAACAUGACCCACCUUACUGGCGAGGUCCCAUAUGGAUUAAUAUGAACUACCUUGCUGUUAGAGCACUACAUUAUUACAGUGAAAUCAAUGGACCUUAUAUGGAGAAAUCAAGAGAAAUAUAUAAUGAACUUCGACAAAAUUUGAUAAAAAAUAUUUUCAAGGAGUAUAAACGCACUGGUUAUCUUUGGGAACAGUAUAAUGAUGAAACAGGAGAAGGGCAGAGAUCAAGACCUUUUACAGGGUGGUCAUCAUUAGUAGUUUUAAUGAUGGCAGAAUUAUUCUGAAAUAAAACAUCACUGCAUAAACAGAUUUUUUAAAAUCAAGUAAUCCUUUUGAACAUGAUUACAUUUUAAAGAAAAAUACCACAUUUGCUGCACUGGAAACAAUAUAUUUUCAGAGGUACUUCCAUUAAAACGUGUCUUUCUAAUGUUGUUGCUGUUGAUAUUGUGAUCUCAAUAUAUUUUGUUGGUACUUUGGUAAAGAUUAAUUCUUAAUAUAUGCCUUUUUACUGAGAGUGAAGUAACUAUGCUAUCAGUAAGCAUUCCUUCUAUUUUAAGAAGGGUUAACUUGAUAUUCUAAAGUAGUCCCAUAAGAGUGUAACAAUUUUAACUGUGACUUCUGUCAACAAAAUCAUGUACAUUCUGUACAUGAUUCAUUUUACACAAGAAACUGAAAGGUGAGAACUUUCCUUGUUCAUUAUUGGUUGUGACUCUAAAAUAAAAUUUUAUUUUUGAUUCAUUA